AUGGCAAUUGGCCAAACCCGCCGGCCUUGGCGCUUGGCCGGGUGCCCGAGGGGCAGCCCGAGCGUGGCAAGAGGCGCGGUACUCGGGGCCGCCGUCUGUGCCGUGGUGGUGACCAUGGCGGCGGUGGCGUCUGGGGGGGAGCCUGGCUUUUCUGAAGAAGGGAGUGCCCAACAACUGCAGACAAUGGAUUUACGCAAACUGCAGCAAAUUGCUGCUGGAUUGAUCGCGGGUGGACGGGAUGCGCCAUGCAAGCGGUAUGCCUACAUGGUGUCUUUACGUGACGACGUAAACGACCACAGAUGUGGCGGUGUGCUGGUGAAGCCCCCAGCAUCCCAAAGGAAGGGCCCCUCUUGGGUGCUGACUGCUGCCCACUGCCUAGAUGGCCUGGGAUCAACACCUGUUGUUGUCAUCGGGGCUUGCAACCUCAAUGAUGUGGAGGGUGUUGAGAAAUUGCUGCCCACAGCGGCCAUCGUGCACGAGAAGUGGACGGGAGCGGUGGAAGAUGGCUAUGACAUCGCAUUGCUGAGGCUGGAGAAGAAAUCUAAAUUCGCAAAAUUUGCCAUUGGCUUGCCUGGAAGAUGUGAGGCCACGGGAACUGCCCUCUUCGUAACAUUGGGAUGGGGAGGCACUGAGAAUGAUACCACAUCGGACGCCCUGCAGGUUGCUGAAAGAUUCAAGUUCCUAACUGGUGAAGAUUGUGCUGCUGAAGAUCUUUGGGGGAGCACGUACCAAGAUUCAAUGUUGUGUGCAGUAGGAGGCAAGCCUGGAGUCGAGACCUGCCCUGGAGACAGCGGAGGGCCUAUGGUGCGAGCAUUUGCACCAGGCGGCGAUGUAGACCUGGGAAGACCAGAUCUUGAUGUGCUUUUCGGAAUAACUUCAUUUGGUGAGAGGGGCACGUGCGGGGCCACAGAGCUUCCUGGGGUGUACACUGCAGUUAGCCAUUACAUUGACUGGAUUGACUUCCAAAUAGCCAAGAACUGUGUUGGCAACAACUGCCCUGCUGUGCCGACUGGCGAUGCCCUCCGCACAUGCCCUUCUGGUGGUCCUCGUGGCACAUCCUCCCCAGCUCCCUUACCUGAGAUAUCCCCCUCCACUGACACAGAUCGCCCCCCUGUCACCUCCCCACCCCCCACAAGCACCAGCGAUGGCAUGCUUAAGUUCCCCGAUGCUGAGAUCUGCAAGUUCAGAGACGACGAAUGCAGUGCUGCUGUGGUUGAAAACAUACAAGAUGUCAAGCUGCUGGAGCCUCUUGCAGCAACGAGAUGUGCGGAGACGACAUCACAAGAGCGAUGCGAUUCGAACGACUUCUGCAGUUGGGAUAGGAUUGCCAGCUCCUGUGUGGGGGAUGUUGAGCUGGCUUUGAAGGACUGCUUGAUCCCUGAGUGGUUAACAGUGAAGAGAUUUGCAAGCUGUGACACGAAAGCCAGCGAGGAGAAGUGCACCAUCUUGCCUGGUUGUUUGUGGAACAAUGAAGCCUGUGAGUCUGACUUGACCUCUGGAGUGGCUACCGAGGCGCUUCAGAAUUCGCCAGAGGUGGCUGCGGCUCUGAACGAACAAACAACUUGCAACACGACUGGCCUGGACGCGUGCUUGGAUGACAGCAAAUGCCUGUUGAUUGGCGGGGAGUGCCGGUCGUCAGCAUUCUGGAAAAUCUCAGGCUGGUUCGACCCCGAAGCCGACAGCGCCCUUUGCUUAUUCUAUGGUGCUGUGUACAAAUGCAGCGAUGCUGUUCUGCCUGACUGUCCCAGCGGCUGCAUAGUGGAUGAAGAUGUCUGUGACAUCACUCUGGAGGCAAUUGCGGAGACUGCCUUUGAUGCCGAAUUCGCUGCGGUCAUGAAGACCGCCUUGCAAGAGUGCCCUCUCCAAGAGUCUGAAUCUGACUGCAGCAGUUUUCGCUUGUGA